AGGACACGACAACGACAAUGUGCAGCAUGAAUAUAAACAAACUAGCAACCAGUUCUGCAAUACAGAAGCACGUCACAAAGCCAGCCACCGAAGAACAUGUGCCAAAACCCCCCAGAGGAAGUACAGACAGGCAUUUGUAUGACCUUAAGGUUCGAGCAGCCAUGCAGUUUCUGUGCAGUAUCAUUUCUGGUGAGAUUGAGGACGAACACAUGCGCUGAGUUGGGCUCUCAUACACUGUUCCGCUGAGCUACGGUUUCAGUCUCAUUGUGAACCAUGUGACAACGUGCUUUACACCGCCGGGACUCCAGUGCGAGGAGAACAGCACAGCAUCAAACAGAGAGACACGCUCAGUUCUGAUAAGGGGCUACUUCCUUCUUGUUCAGAGAGGAGUGGAGAACACGGUGGCACAUCUGAGACGACAGCUCAGCGUUUGACACCGCCAGCACUGGAAGCCACUAAACAGACACCUGCAGACUCCAGUUAAGAUAAAUGACGCUACGGUGCCAAGAUGACCUGUCCGAAUGCCUCAUGCAUGGAGGUCAACGCAACCUCCAGAGUGAACUGCCCUCACAACAUGACCUCCUGGGAAGAGCACAUGAAUUCUCUGUACACCUACUUCUACCUGCUCAUCUUCAUCCCAGGCUUGCUAGGAAACAGCAUCGCCCUCUGGGUGCUGUGUCGCUUCAUAAGCAAGAAGACCAAAGCCAUCAUCUUCAUGAUCAAUCUGGCCGUGGCUGACCUGGCCCACGUCCUUUCCCUGCCACUGCGUAUCUACUACUACUUCACCCACUCCUGGCCGUUUGGGAAGGGAAUGUGUCUGCUCUGCUUCUACCUGAAAUAUCUCAACAUGUACGCCAGCAUCGCCUUCUUGGUUUGCAUCAGCCUCCAGCGCUGCGCUUUCCUGAUGCACCCCUUCUGCGCCAAGAAGUGGAAGCGGCGCUACGACGUACGCAUUAGUAUCGUGGUGUGGCUGGUGGUAGGCCUCUGCUGCUCCCCCUUCAUCUUGAUGAGGACCAACUCGGAGCAGCAAAAUGGGACAAGCUGCUUUAAAGACUUGCCCACGCGGAAGCUGAAACUGGGCACCGCUGUAACGAUGAUGGCCUUCGGGGAGCUCCUGGGCUUCGUGAUCCCACUGAUCAUCAUCGGCUUCUGCUCCUACUUCAUUGUGCACUCUCUGCAGCAGAGCACUCAGGCUGGCUACUCAGUCAAUGACAAGAAGAGGGCCUUGCGCAUGGUGCUGGUGUGCACAGGGGUGUUCCUCUUCUGCUUCACUCCAUACCACAUCAACUUUCUGCUGUACAUGAUGGUCUCGCAGGACCUCAUUACUGAGUGCACCGUGAGACAGGCGGUUCAACAGUUCCAUCCCAUCUCUCUGUGCAUAGCCAGCCUCAACUGCUGCCUGAAUCCACUGAUAUACUAUUUCCUCACCACGGAGUUCCGACAGCAGCUCAGCCGUCAUGGCAGCUCAGUGCUGAGAGGCCGGCUGAUGAGUCUGGAGAGCACCUCCUCCUAUAAGGAAUGAGCUCCUAUAGACCUUUACAGGUAUGCAUUAGUAGCCAGUGUCUCCUUACGCUGCUCCUCUUUCUCCCUCUUCUUCUCUGUGAUGCACUCUUUCCUCUCAUUGUUUCAAGCUGCACUGUGACGAGAACUGAAGGAUGCUGGCUGUAGUUUUGACACUGUAGAGCUUCAAAAAGUAGCUUUGAACUGUUUUUAAAGAAGAAUUGUUGGUACAACAACAGUUCAGUUAUUUUGUGUGUUUGUACUGGCGAGGACUGUCGCGAAGGUCACCACUCAGAGUGCCUGUCCAACAUCGGAGCAGAACUUACUGAUCAGUACAACUGACUGCCUGGACCCUCUGAAAUACAGGACUUCAGAUUUUUCCCAUGUUCAGUUUUAAAGGAAAUAUAAAGACAUUCUGUGUUGGGUUCUUAUGUAAAUGCAACCCUCAUAAAAUGUGCUCCUAUUUUACUGCACUAAAACAAACAUGACGGAAAUAAGCACUUAAAGGUGUGACAUUGCAAUCAGACCGAAACCUUCCAUCUUCAUUUUUGCCUUUUUUUGCAGGAGCUGAAGGCUCCAGCUCACAUUAACUCUAUGUCAAAAUCACAGAUGGACCAAUAAAACUCUUUUCCAUUAACCUUCAUUCAGUUAAGGGGUUUUUCCCUCUCCUGUGAAGUUACUUUUCUGAGAUACAAGGUUUUUGUUCUGACAACAAUGAUGGGUUUUAUUUUGAUGACACUACUGAGGAGCAACGUUAACAGGUUAUAGUCUUUUGUGCCAACUGUCAAAAGCCUGUAUAGACAUGUAUAAUGGUUUAUUCCAUCAAGCAUCACUUCCUGAGCUGAAAAGACAGCAGAAUUGACAAAAGCAGCCUUUCUGUGAACAGACGCGUGUUGAAAUAAGCCUUUAGAAAUGUUCAUGUAGGUUUAAGUCAGUUGUCAUGUAUUACGCGGCCUUAUGGACGCUGCCUCUCAGUACAGUAUCGUCCUUAUUUUACAGAUAAUACAAAGCUGAUAGAACAAUUCUAGCUGAGUUUAGUUUUACAUGGUUUUUUAUAAACUGAAAUAGGCAGAAAUGAAAGUGUCAUAUGUUCUCUGACCUGAACGAUCGAUGUAUCACAGAAUAUAACAAUCAAGGGUAGAAAAUACUUGAGUAGUUUUACUUUAUUACUAUACUAAAGUAUUAUUUUAGAGGAUUUCUUCUUUAUUCAAGUAUUAUUGGAUCUUUUUCUUAGAGAAAAGAGAAAAAUCCUUCUUUUAGCCCUUUAAAGUGUUCAUUACUUACAUCAAUAAGGCCAGGAGCUUUUCCUCCUCCUGACCGUCACUCAUUUAGUCGGGUUCCUGUACAUUUGAAGUUUUUUUAUUAAACACCAAAUUCAUCUAAUAAUUCUGACUAUGCUAAUUCGUCUUUGUACAAUUGAGAUUUUCAAUUUCACUCGAGUAGAUUUCUGACUCUGUACUUCCGCUUUGAGUAGGAUUUCCACUAAAGUACCCAAACUUUCACAUAAGCAUCAUAUUGCUGUACGUUUUCCUUCCCGGUAAUAAUAAUAGUAAUAAUACAGUAAUAAUAAUAAGCUAAAGCAAUUACAGGCAUUGCUUCCUGUCAGUGUUAUGAGAGGCUGUAAAUAAAGCCAUUGAGCGCUUUUCUCAUGUUGUUCUGGUAUUUACUGUAUGCUGAUUUCUCUUAUAUGCAGUGGCUCAGUGCUUCUGAUUUGCAUUCUUUUCUAAAUCAAUGCACAUUUUCCAUUAUAAAUGAUAUUAAUAGCAUAAAUCUUUUAGCAUUAUUUCCUCCUCCCUCGUCCUUCUGCUUCAAUGUUUAAUGAAUGUGUGAACUCAAGACUCCACAAGCCUCUGAUGAGCAGAUCAACAGACGAGGCUAAAGAAAAUCUGACUUUGUACAGAACAAACGGUUUUUCUGUGUCAGAGAACUGCUUGUGUAAUAACGCCAUGCAGACAGGAGCUUCUCUGUUCUGAAAGGUUCUGUUCUUUAGGUCCUGACUGAGAUGAAAAACAGUAAAGAUCCAGAUUUUCAAGCGUGGUCUCAGACGUUUGGACUCAUUUCUUGCCACUGUAUGCAAAGUUUCACUGUGAAGUGUUUGUGAAACUACUGUAAAUAAACAAACCUCUGUAUUCAUGUCGUUUCCUCACACAGA